AUGCGGUUCUUUGCCGCUGUGGCCUUGCUGCUCUCGAUUGCAGCCAGUGUGCUGCUGGGACUAGCGACCUUUAGUAUUCCGAUCAACGAUGCGUUUUAUCUGUUCCGCGCACGAAUGCCAGGCUUGGACUUGAAAUUCGGUACGUUUGGCUACAGUGUCAAUGGCCAAGAUUCGCCGAUGAAGCUGGGGUAUGUGAUACCAAAUCUGCCAGGCGACUUGAAUGCGAUUUCUGGUAUCGUGCAUACCCUGUCGUACGUGCUCGUUGUGCUUCCCAUUGGCUUUGCCUUUGCUGUCGUGACGUUCUUUGCUACGCUGCUGGGCUUGCUAUGCUCGCCCGCCAUGAAUCUGUUAGGUCUGAUUCUCGCUGGCAUUGGAGGACUGGUCACGACCUUGGCAUUUGCAAUUAUCAUUGCACUGUACUAUGAAGUGCGCAAUCAGCUAGGCAACCAAACCGUGCUCGAGCUGACGUUCGGCAAGGCCUUCUACUUCGCGGUAAUCGGUGCGGCGCUCCUUUUCGUGUGUGCUGGCCUGCUUUGCAUUGCCGUAUGCUGUGAUCUCAUUCGCCCACGUCGCAGCCGUGGCGGCACGGCAUCCACGUCGGCCGCAGCGCCCUCGCAGCCCUACGAGCAAGUGGCCAUGCAGCCCACGGUCGCCACAGCGCCCUCACAGCCGCAUGAUCUGCCGCAAUUUGUCGAAUACCAUGCGCCUACCAUGCAAGGAACAACAGUCGAGUCAUCGGACUCGCAGCCAGAUGUCUACAUGUAUCCUCCACGCCCCUCGCAGCGAGCGGCGCCGAUGUCGUCAGAGCCGUACGCAGCGCCUGGUCCCAACACGGCCGGCAUUGGUACGCAGAUGGCACGCCGGCAGCCGGUCCUGUUAGCCGAAACGGAGUUGGAUCGUCCUCGGGACGCAGGCACCUCGCGUGCGCAUUUACUAUCGGACCAUGAGGACGACGAAGUGUACGGUGAUGCCUACGCUGUGCCUUCCACAUCCUCUCGUGCCCGCCCUGUGGACGAGUACGCCGACUCGGACUCUGCCUCGGUCCCACCUACCGCGCCAGGCGUCACACAGCAGCAAGCAGAUGCAUGGUUCCUGCCGGGCGGACGUACAGAUGUCGCGCCGGCGGAGCCGCCUCGCUACAUCAACACAACGUCGGACUAUCCACGUGAGAAGGGCGGCGCCAGGUAA